AUGGCAACGGCUAUUAGUAGGGAACAAGAGACUCAAGAACAGAGGGAACAUAGGGAAGAACAAGAUAGAAUGGCAACGGCUAUUAGUAGGGAACAAGAGUCACAACAACAAAGGGAACAUAGACAAGAACAAGAUAGAAUGGCAACGGCUAUUAGUAGGGAACAAGAGACAAAAGAACAAAGGGAACAUAGGCAAGAGCAAGAUAGAAUGGGAACUGCUAUUAGUAGGGAACAAGAGACUCAAGAACAGAGGGAACAUAGGCAAGAACAAGAUAGAAUGGCAACGGCUAUUAGUAGGGAACAAGAGUCACAACAACAAAGGGAAUGCCGACGAGAUCGGAACACAAGAAGAAAUUCAGUUAGGAGGAACCAACUAACUCAGGAUGAACAUCAGACAGAAAAUCGACUACGAGUUUCACGCAGGAAUAGUAGGGUAUCAAAUUCUAUUGGUUUAGAAAACACUGGAUUUAAUUAUAAUAGGGGCAUUGAGUAUAGAAAUUUAGGUAAUGUAGGUGCUUUAACGGAGAUAUGUACUUUUUGUUUAGCUAUGAAAUUUAAGGGGGAAACUAUCGGAAUGUGCUGCAGUCGCGGAAAGGUACGUUUACCAGUUUUAGACCCGCCUCCUGAGCCUCUUUUAACACUGUUGAGGAAUGAUACACCAUCAUCUAGGCACUUCGUUGAUAAUAUUCGCAGGUACAAUAAUGUUUUUCAGAUGACAUCUUUUGGUACAAGUGGAAAUUUCAAUCCGACGGGCUAUAUGCCCACAUUUAAGGUACUUGGGCAAGUGUAUCACAGGAUGGGUUCACUCCUUCCAAGUGAAGGCGAGGAUUUUAAAUUUUUACAAAUUUACUUUAUAGAUAAUCACGAAGAACAAUCUAACCGAAGAUGUCUAGCAGAUUCAAGACUACGAGGCAACAUUAUUAGUUCGUUGCAAAAUAUGUUGCAAAUGUGCAACACGUAUAUUUCAUCUUUUAGAUCUGUUCUGAGAUCCACAGCAGAUGAAGAUUGUAAGGUAAUUAUACAUGCAGAUAGGACACCUGCAAAUGAACAUAACCGUCGAUACAACGCACCAACGUCAAACCAGGUUGGAAUUCUAAUAGUAGGUCAACACUAUGACUCGAGAGACAUAAUAAUAAACAAGAGAUCCACUGGAUUAAUGAGAAUUUCAGAGACACAUCGGUCAUAUGAUGCACUUCAGUACCCAUUAUUAUUUCCGAGAGGAGAGGAUGGGUACAAUUUUAAGGUAAUGCAUUUUAAUCCGUCGACUGGUUUAACUACUACUAAAAAAACCAGUUGUAUGGAAUUUUAUUCUUAUAGGUUGAUGAUAAGAGAGCAGGAAUUCAACAUUCUACAUCGUACAGGCCAGUUAUUUAAUCAGUUUAUUGUAGAUAUGUAUGCGAAAAUAGAGGCAGAGAGACUUCUCUACAUUCGGUUGAAUCAGCGGAAACUGAGAGCAGAAGAGUAUAUACAUCUAAGAGAUGCCAUAAUGAAUGACGGUAAUGUGUCUAAUGUAGGUCAAAUGGUUAUUUUGCCUUCGUCAUUCACGGGAGGACCAAGAUAUAUGCAUGAGCGAACUCAAGAUGCUAUGACAUACGUUAGAAAUUACGGAACUCCGGAUCUGUUUAUCACUUUUACGUGUAAUCCGAAAUGGCCAGAAAUUAGUGAUAACAUAUUUGUAGGACAAAAGGUCGAGUAUAGACAAGACAUCAUAGCACGUGUUUUUAAACAAAAAGUCGAUAAGAUGAUUGAUCUUCUAUGCAAGGGACAGAUUUUUGGGAAGACAAGAUGCCACAUGUAUACAGUAGAGUGGCAAAAAAGAGGUUUACCACAUAUACAUAUAUUAGUAUGGUUAGUAACUAAAAUUAGGCCUACAGAGAUAGACGAUUGCAUACGGGCAGAAUUGCCAAAUCCAAAUGAAGAUAGAGAAUUAUACGAGAUCAUCAAAAGAAAUAUGAUACAUGGUCCGUGUGGCAUAUAUAACAGAACAUCACCGUGUAUGCAAGAUGGUAAGUGUUCUAAAGGGUACCCAAAAAACUUAAUAAUUAACACGCAAACAGGUGAAAAUGGAUUUCCAUUUUACCAGAGAAGGGGAGCAGCUGAAGGAGGAUAUACUGCAACCCUCCACGAAGGAAAAGAAAAUGAAAUAACAGUUGAUAACAGAUGGAUAGUGCCUUAUAAUCCACUAUUAAGUAAGAUUUUUGAUGCACAUAUCAAUGUGGAAUUUUGUAAUUCAAUUAGAUCAAUUAAAUAUGUAUGUAAGUACAUUAAUAAAGGGUCGGAUCAGGCAAUCUUUUCAAUAGAGCAACGUGAUGAGCCAACUUUUUAUCAACAUGGACGCUAUAUCUGCAGUAAUGAAGGAGCAUGGAGAAUUUUUGGAUAUCCGAUUCAUGAAAGAUAUCCAUUGGUUAUGCAUUUAGGGGUUCACCUGGAAAAUGGGCAAAGAAUUUAUUUCACAGAGCAGAAUGCACGCAAUCAAGUUACAAAUGCAAGAAAUUCAACUCUGAUGGCAUUCUUCGAAUUAUGUCGUACAGAUCAAUUUGCAAAGACUAUAUAUUAUGUUGAUGUUCCUAGAUAUUAUACAUGGGAUGUCGCGGGGAAGAGAUUUAAGAGAAGGAUAAGAGGAAAUCCAGUAAAUGGACAUUCAGGAAUUGUAAGUGCAGAUGCAUUGGGUAGAGUAUAUACAGUGCAUCCAAAUAAUUUUGAAUGUUAUUGUGUUAGGUUACUUUUGCACACCGUACGAGGGCCAGAAUCUUUCACUGAUCUACGGACUGUAGAUGGAGUACUCUGCGAAACAUACAGAGAAGCCUGUUUUAAAUUAGGUCUUUUAGAGGAUGAUAAUCACUGGAAUCAGACUUUAACAGAAGCUGAACUUGCAGAUUCCCCAUCGCGACUAAGGUAUUUAUUUACUUUGAUGCUAGCCCAUUGUGGGUUAGCAAAUCCACAACAACUGUGGGAAGGUCACCGAGAAAGCAUGUGUGAAGAUAUAUUAAGAGAGAAGAAUAGAUUGAGUUUCGAUGCAGAGAUUUUCAACAUUGGAUUAAUCAUGAUAGAUAGAUUGCUAAUAUCUAUCGUUGGUAAGAGUGUAGGUGAAUUUGGUUUUAUAAUCAGCGAUAUUCAUAAUAUUAAUUCAUUUGAUGAGCAUUAUAAUUUAGAAGAACUUCGAACAAUAGUGGAAGAAAGAGAACAAAGCUUAACCACUGGCCAGUUGGAGGUAUACAGAGAAAUUAAUCGAGUCAUCCAAGAAGAAAACGGUUCUAUCAUUUUUAUUGAUGCACCGGGUGGAACAGGUAAGACCUAUCUUCUAAAUCUAUUAUUAGCUAAGGUCAGAAGCGAAAAUAAACUAGCUUUAGCAGUUGCAUCUUCUGGAAUUGCUGCAACUCUUUUAGAUGGCGGUCGAACCGCACAUUCGACAUUCAACAUUCCAAAGCCAAUGCCUAGAAAACUAAAUCAAAGUGAAAAGAUCAGAAUUUGCAAGGAUAUACAGUCGGGUCAUAAGGACAAAAUGAUUUGUGAAAGAUUUAACAUCUCUAAAGGAAUGCUAUACCGACUAAAAAAGAAAAGGGAAGGAAUCUUAGCUCAAGGUUUCUCAACAUCCGAAGGGACAAUUGGAUACGAUUUGAAUGCCCAAGUUUACGAGAUUUUUCGUAAUCUCAGGUCGAAAGGUUUCCCAAUUAAUGGGCCAACCUUAAAGCUUAUUGCACGUAAAAUUGCGUAUAGAAAUUCAAAUCAUGAUUUCACUGCUUCUAAUGGAUGGCUUUACAGAUUUAAGAAACAAUUCGAAAUAAAAUUCAGAAUAUUACAUGGCGAAUCACGAUCAGCUGAUAAAGAAGGUGCGGAAAACUUCCGAUCAACUUUCAAUGAUUUGCUUGAAAACUAUGGGGGAGAAAACAUUUUCAACUGUGAUGAAACUGCAUUAUUUUAUAAAGCUGUUUCCAAAAAGAGUUUUGUUGAAAAAAAUGAGUCACACAGCGGACAUAAAAUAAGAAAAGAACGUAUGACACUUCUUUUGUGUUGCAGUUUCACAGAGAAAAAUAUAAACCGCUUAUAA